AUGUCAGUCUCAACAUGCCUCCAGUCUGGGGAGCUACAAAAGCACACCACGUUCUAUCGUGAAUUCCAUGAGUCUAGCAUCGGCUCUUCUGGUGUCGCAGACGUCAAGGAGCCGCCCGUGGUUCGUCAAUUACUUCAUACCCGGCAGAGGGCGCUACUUCUCAAUAAGGUCCGAGAACCCUAUACACUAGUGCAUGAUCAUACUAUUCCUGCUAUCUCCCAUCAUGGGGAAAUUUUGGUCAAGGUGCUCGCAAUAGGCCUCAACCCUAUCGAUUGGAAAGGACCGGCGUUUAAUUUUGGCAUCCCAAGUUUACCAUGGAUCAAUGGACGUGAUCUGGUUGGGGUUGUGCUACAAAUCCCCAAGGACUCCGCCCGUCUUCGGGUUGGCGAUAUCGUCCUCGUCCCUUCAACGGAUUACCGGGAUAUCAGGAAAGCAGCAUUUCAGGAAUAUGCCGUCGCGACAGCUUCCAAUGCCGCACGCGUCCCAUCGUCCACCUCUAUUUGUGCCUCAGCUUCACUGGGUGUUGCGUUUGUGGCUUCGGCAUUAGCCCUAGGUGUCUCCUUUGGACUCGAUUUCUCUCUGAUCACUCAGUCCCCCGGCCCCAACUUGGCCCUUGUCAUUAAAGGACUGCAGAGAAAUGAAGUUCCAACAGACAUCCAAGAAGAGUGCUUUGCCCCAGUUCUAGCCUCAGAGCGUCCACAACGUGGUGAUUGGAUCGCCAUCUGGGGAGCGUCAACAACCACCGGUCAAAUCACGUCUCAACUGGCGAAGCUAUCCGGGCUACGUGUGAUAUGUGUGGCCGACAUAGCGCGUCAUGGAGACAGGCUCCUACAAUUAGGAGCUGAUUUACUCGUAGAUCGCCAAGAUCCUCACCGUGCAAUAGAAGUGAUCCGUGGCAUUACUCGAGGCAAGCUCCGAUACGCCAUUGACCUCGUGGGAAGUGACACCGCAACACUCCUUCAAAGGGGACUUGAAACCACUGGCCACGCUCACCUGCUUGGCUUGACGGGCCUGCCAAAGAGCCGGGAUCCAAACAUUCGCUAUCACACAGUACCGAUUAAGCUUUUUCAUACUGCACCAGCAGUAGGUGAAAGUAUCGUUUGCUGGUUAGAGAGCUUGUUGCAAUCAAGGACUCUCACACUACCCGAGGUUGUUCGGGCUGAAGGUGGACUGGAAGGUAUCAAUGGAGCGUUGGAUAAAUUACGAAAUGGCAAUGUCUCAGGGAAGAGAGUCGUGGUAGAUCUCAGAUCUCCGCAAUGA